AUGCCACCACCCCUCUGCCUGCUGCUGCUGCUGCUGCUGCUCCUCGCAGGGGCCGCUGCUGCCCUUCCCCUGGAGGGCAGCCUUGCUGGCCACGACGGCGGGCAUAUGCAGGAAGUGGCAGAAAUAAAGAAAAACAGCCUGUUGACUUUCCUUGCUUGGUGGUACGACGAGUGGACCUCCCAGGGCAGCGGAGCGCCCUUCAUGGGAGAAGCCAGGGAGGUGUCCAGACGGCAGGAAGACCCGCCCCUUCAACGGUCCACGCCCCGAGGUAAAAUGCCCUGCAAGAAUUUCUUUUGGAAGACCUUCUCCUCCUGCAAAUAA